CUCCUGUCGGGCAAGAAAAGCCAGUUGGAGUUGAAAUAGUGCGCUUUUAAGUAGUUUAGAACAAGUUUAGAGCGACAACAAGGACAAACUCGUAAUCGCGCAGUGAUGCCGCCCCUAUCCACGAGCUCGCCGUCGAUUGCAGGCGUAGCUGGAGCACUGCUUCCAGUGACGUCUGCAUUUCUACGAAAUUUGUCAGAAACGUCCACCACGACCCGGCCACUGCCGUUCUGCAUUUCUGUUCGUUCUCUCCUCUUUGCCUCGUCCUUCCGUUGUGAGAAAAAGAUACGAAGAAGGCGGGCACGCAGGUCGGGCCUUCGCGUUUCCGAUGCCCGCCGAAACGGUGGAAACAAGAACAUGUUUUUGAAAAGCAGCCGCAAUGCUGGACUUUUGCGCACUUCACCCGGUGCUGGUACAACCGAGAGUGCCCAAUCCCCCGAAGAUGACGGUCGCACACGUGAACCGCAACUGUCGCCGAGGAUGCAGGACCGGUUGCGCAGGCAUCGCUACUAUCCCCUGACGCCCAUUCAAAAGCAGGCCUUUCCAUGCGUCCUGCGUGGAUUCGACGUAUUGGCCCGCGCCGCCCCAGGAACGGGAAAGACGGUAGCCUUCUUGGCGCCCGUGUUGGACCGCACGGCAGUUAUGAGGAGAAUAGGCGAUUGCAAGCCGGCAGCAGACGAGCAGGCCAGCACCAGCUCGAGCGGCAGACGGACUGGGAAAAAUCAGUUCUUCGGGGACACGAGUAGUCGUUCACUCUUUGGGCACGAGCCGGUUCUGUGGCUGUGCCCCACGCCUGAGUUGGCCGAGCAAACACGGUUCGAAGCCAUGAAGUUGAAGCACAGCGAGCAAAGAUUGUUGCUGCUGACCAGAAGUUCUACCAUCUCGUGCGCCGGGCAGGUGGGCGAUAGUGGUGAGACGAGAAGAAAAGCAGAUACACCCAAGAAUCCACCCAGCGCGGACAAGUUUUUGUACACUAAGAGACUUCUCCGCGAAGGACACGACGUGGUGAUCUCGACGCCGCAAUUCCUGCUGGAGCUUGUAAAGGCCAACGUGUAUACUGCAUUGCAGAACUGCCGAAUCCUGGUUGUCUAUCCUGACGAUAAAAUCGCGUCUCUCCUUGCAACAAGAUAGCGCAGAUAUCUGAUGCGGAUUUUUGUGGUAGUUUACAAGCGAGCCGACUAUUAGGUUGCGUCCGCCGUUUGCGUUUGCAUUCGUUGUUCUCUGCAAUGAAUUGCACGUAUAAUUAUAUAUAAAACUACCAAAGCUGUUUUAGUUUUUGCCUAUGGGGAGGCAGUCUUUUUGAUUUUGACAUGUUCGACGAGGCCGACCAAAUGUUUGAUGCAGGGUCCGGCUUUGCCUCGGAGAUGACGGAGCUGCUAUCGCACAUCAAAUCCGCGCAAACCCUCAAGUGGCGGAUAGGGCCCAACAACACACGACUUCGUGUAGAAGAAGCGCAGAAAAACCCGAAACUCGAACCUGUGCAGCAAGGGGUUGGUGAUGGAAGAGCGGUCCGGAAGAUGAACAAUUCGCAAGAUAACAAAUUGCAGUUUCUGUUCUUCUCGGCCACCUCACCCCCCUGGCUGCGGGAUGUUUUGCGCGAGCAUUGCUGCGCGGACCGCUUGUCUGAAAUCAGCGACACGGUGGCGGGUACCUCUGUUCCGCAAUUUUUCGCCCAAAAGCAAAAUGUACAUCACUGCACACUGACACUGGUAGGCGAGACGAAGAAUGGCAAAAGCAUUCCGUCAACAAAGAAUAUUGGGGACGUUCUCUCUUGGCUACUGCAAGAAAACUUGGCGCCGGAAACAUCUCAGCGCUCUGCUGCAGCACACCACACGACCUAUCACAGCACAGAAAAGCCGCAGCUGCGAAAGAGCAAAGCAAUCAUCUUCGCUGCAACGCGCAGUGAUUGCGAUCUUGUGACGCACACGCUGCAGGGUUCUGCGCGGACGCAGGCACUGGGUGUGUGUCAAUUGAACGCCGCGCAAACGGACGCCGAGCGGGCCGCGACGGUGCAGGCAUUUCGCGAGGGCGACGUCACCGUGCUGGUUGCCACCGACCUGGCCGCCCGCGGACUUGACUUUGACAACGUGACACUGGUGGUGCAUGUUCCCAAACUUGCUAUGGAGUAUUCGCACGCGGGGAAGAACCACAGGAGAGGCAUGUUGCUGCAGCGGUUGCCCUCUGCGGAAACGUACGUCCACCGCGUUGGGCGGAUUCGAGGUGACACAGGCAAAAGCGUAGUUCUGCUUUCUUCUUCGACUCCGAGAUCAUCCACCACCGCUGCGGGAAGAACUUCUAGCGGUCUUCCUCUUUGGCAAGGGAGCACGUCUUGGUCUUCUUCGACUUUCGCACCCCACCACCGCCUCGGCCGAAAGCUCGGCAUCGGCUUUGAAGACUUGGCCCUGCCGACGCCGGAAACGAUGCGGCUGCAACGGGUUCAGCAGCUCUUUUUCCAGUGUCGCGAGGCCCUCGGUCUCGACGUCGUGACGACGGCGCGUGCGUGUACCAGAAUCAUCGGAGGGAAAGCAGCAAGCGUGAAAGAGCAAGAUGUUGCUCGGAAGAACACCAAUGCUGCGGCUUUGGCUGCACCAUCUAGUCGUGCACGACGUUCUUCCGAAGACGAUCCUUUUCGGACCGACUGCCAACAGAAGCGAAUCGAACUGCUUUCUCGAGCUUUGUGCGUACUCGAGACACGACAGACACAGGUGAGGUGGAUGUCCCCACUCUCUGGUCGUCCGUCGUAUGUGCCGGUGUUGUUGCGGAACACGACCAGCACGUCCACAAGUCGCCAGCGCCUGCUUGUGCUGCUGCAGAAGGAACUGCACCAGUAUUUCCUGCCCUCUUCGCAGGAAGGAUCGGCCGGGGGGAAGAGAAAUUUUCAACCAUUCGGAGAUUUUAAAAAUGAUGGUCACGACACAACAUUAGGAGACGACAUUUUCAGCACCACGGCGUCGGACGGCACAGAAAUGCGCACGGCGUCGGAGCACCGAGCCAACGCAUUGAUCCGUCGCGUGGGCAGGAUUGCGCUGUCGACCCAAGGUUAUGUGCUGGACGUGCCGGUCAAGGACGUGCAGCACGUGCUGGGUGCUUUCCGAAAGUUUCGACCUACCUGCGCCAGUCUCGUGCCGCCACUGGUCCAGAAUGAAGAAAGCUUUCGUCGGCGCAGAGCGUCGGUGCGUGGGCUUAGAAAAGCUGCCUUUGGGAAUCUUGAGCACUACACCAGCGAGGUCGCUGCAGGAAAGAGCCAAACGCGCACUAGUGGGGUGGAACCAGAGCCGAACUUCGCUUUUCCAUUUGGAACUGCGAGCGCCAGUAAGGACGGUCGAAAACAUAAACAAGAGAAUGUACGUCCUUCGAGGCUGCAACCACAAUCAACUUCAGGCGCGCUCACAGAAGUAGCCAAGGACAUGACGAUGACCAUGACCGUGUCUAAGAGCUGCAAUGAUUUCUCAAAA